AUGUUGACGCUCUAUGAUUAUUCGUUAUCAGGUAACUGUUACAAGGUGCGACUUUUACUCUCAUUACUUCGCGUCCCUUAUACUCGAGUUGAUGUGGAUAUCAAAAAGGGCGAAUCACGCACCGAUGAAUUCUUAAAUAAUGUAUCGUCAAAUGGAAAAGUACCGACUAUAGUUAUUCCAUACGGGUAUGAACAUCUAAAAAGGAAAACAGAUGAGAGCAUAGAUUCUACUAGCAGCAACAAUUAUGCUGAAAGUAGAAGCGAUAAUAAUAGUAAAGAUAAUGGCAAAGGCACAAGAUUAUCAGAGUCAAAUGCAAUUUUAAUCUAUCUCUCAUUAAACACUCCGUUACUCCCAUCGAAUCCCAUCGAACACGCACAAGUAAUGCAAUGGCUUUUUUGGGAACAGUACUCGCACGAACCAAACAUAGCGACAUUACGUUGGUGGAUCUCGUAUCUUGAUAAAUCAGAAGAACCUGAAUAUCUGGAUCGGAUCGUCGAGAAACAACGUAGUGGAUAUGAGGCUUUGAAUGUAAUGGAGAAACAUUUGGAAUCGCGUAAAUUUUUUGUGGGUAAUCGGUUUACGAUUGCUGAUGUAUCAUUGUAUGCUUAUACUCACUGCGGAUUUUCUAUUGAGAGUUUCCCAAAGGUCAAGGAAUGGUUAAGAAGAGUGGAAGAACAACCAGGUCAUAUUGCAAUGGAUGAUUGA